AUGAUCCGCGUGCCGGGAAACUGGACUUGCGCCCACUCUCCCUGCGCAUUCGUCGAGGUACGCGAUGAGUGCUAUCUGUGCCGCCUUGUGCCCGUCUUCACCGCCACACUUACGUACGAACUGGAGACUUCUGUCCGCGUGAGCUUGCUAGAGGCGCGGCGUUUCGCGAGUCAGGACUUCGCCGUCGCAGAGAUUCAUCACGUCGUGCACGCGCCCUGCCUGAGCGGCAUCGAAUAUCGCCCCUGUGCUGCAGGGGACCGUUCGAGAGAGGCUAUGGUGAUUCGGUGUCCUGUACUCCACUAUACGGCAAAGGAGGUGACGGUGGACGGGCCGCGACGGGCCACCCGCGCGACCGCUGCUCAUAUCGCGGCUUCCCUUAUGGGACGCUACGUUGUCGUCGGGGCUCAGUUCCGCACUCAAGACGGUGUCUACACGGUGCGUCAGGUGACGCUACAGAAGGGUUACCGCGGCAUAGCGCUUGUCAGCGGCGACUGCCGUGUGCGCGUGAAUGAUUCUCAGCGAGCCGGCAGCGGCAGCCUUGGUGGGAGAGGGGCAGCACGACCCAUUGGCCUCGAAGAUGAGACAGACCAGCUCCUGCAGCUGCUGGCGUGCGCCGACAAGUCCGCCGGUGCGUUUGUCGGUGUCAUGGUGCGCGGCCCUCGAGGGUGUGGCGUUUCCAGCACGGUGAGGUAUGCCCUGGAAAGCGUUGCUGCCACACACACGGUGCUGGGAUGGUCGAGUUGCUUCUCACCGUCAGCAGCUUUUCAAGAGGGGUGGGGUGGCACCGUGGUGCUGGUGGUCACUGGCACCGAGCACGUCUUUUCGGCUGCUGAGCCGGAGUUGGCCAAGCUUCAUUUGCGCAAGCUUCAGCGGGACGCUGCGGUUCUUCGCGGCGGAGGCAGCGGUGUCGCCCGGUCCGUUUUGGUGCUGUGCGUCAGCCACGACUACGGUCUCUGUGCGCCCGAUGUACUGGACGACCUCGUCGCCUUUCACCUUGUGCUUUCCUUCCCUGGUGCGUCGCAGCGCGCAGACUUGCUGGCCAGCGUGCGAGGCGGCAGCGCCGUGGACUGGCUGAGCGCUGCACAGGGUCUCGUGGGACGGACAUGCGCGGAGACGCUGGAGGCCGCCCGGCGGCCCGACAUCGCCUCCGCUCUCCCUUUCAAGGCAGUGCGGUGGUCGGAGAUUGGCGGGCUGGCGGAGGUAAAGGACAGGCUGUAUCGCGCACUUGUGUGGCCGCAACAGCAGCCGGAGCUGAUGCAGCGCUUCCACAUCACCCCACCGCGCGGCAUCCUCCUCUAUGGCCCCCCAGGGUGCGCCAAGACGACGCUCAUUAAGGCGCUCUGCUCAGAAGGGAACUUCUCGCUCAUCUACCUGGACUCUGCGACCGUGGUGAGCGCGUACGUGGGGGAGAGCGAGCGCUACCUGCGAGACGUCUUCACUCGCGCCCGCCGCCAGGCUCCGUGCAUUGUAUUCUUUGAUGAGGUAGAGGUGCUUGGCGGCCGCCGAGUCGGCGGUGGACACGACACCGAGCACGUGCGCCUCCUGUCGACUCUUCUCACUGAGAUGGACGGCUUCGCAGACAUCCACGGGGUUUGUUUUGUUGGCGCCACCAACGUGCCGCACCUCCUCGAUCCAGCGUUGAUGCGACCUGGCCGGUUUGAUUACAUGGUGCACGUUCCUCUACCCACCAUGGCAGAUCGCGAGUCCAUUCUCCAACUGCUGCUGUGCAAAACCGCCGCUGACACCCGCAUCAUCGCGGAACAGACGGAAGGUUUCAGCGGCGCGGACCUGAAGGUCUUCUGCUCCGAGGCUCUUUUAGCGUUGUUCAAGGAGUCUGCUGGUGUACCACAGGUGCUGCAUGAGAGGGCCAGCGUGACAGCGUACCUGUUGCAGAAGGCGAGCGGCUUUCAGCGCACUCACUACGACUCAGCCGCUCUCGACGAGUUUCAACGUGAGCACGCAUCUGCGUGA